AUGAUUGGUGUAUCGGGCAGGCUACAAGACAGUGUUAAUGAUACUGAUGAAUACCAGAAACAGUGUUAUAGCAGUUUUACAUCCUUGAUGUCUAAAUAUUGUAAUCCAAAUCCUAUAAUGCAGAUUAAUUUUCCGAGUACAUCUUGUCCAAGAUUUUCAAAUUCUCCAAUUAAUGUUUGUUAUACUACUCAAGAUAAUAUUACUCCAAUCGUUGAUAAUAGCGAUCUAAAUACGUUUUCAACUGAUUUAGCAAUUGACUCCUUUUAUAAAAUUCCAGAGUUAGAAAAAGAAAGUGCCACAGAAAGAAGUGAUAACCUUAAAAAUGUAUGCUUUUUUUGCGAAAAAGACCAAAAGCAAGUUAAAGGAAAAUAG